CCAUAUUGGAUUGGGUUCGGUCCGACCAAAACCGAUCGGUUAUAAUCAUGAAGCCCUAGUGUCUUAAAACCUUUCGCUUCCUCCAUUUCUUCGAAACGUUUGUCUGCGUCCAAUUCUUCGUAACGAGGAGGAACGAAUCCGAAGAACAUGGAACAAUGUGGAGAAAGUUUGAGGAAGCGAGAUGUAGUGGACAGAAUCAGUGCGUUACCAGAACCUUUGAUUCUGCAGAUAUUGUCUUUACUCCCAACAAAACUUGUCAUAGCCACAAGUGUUCUGUCUAAGCGAUGGCGGUGCGUUUGGAAAAUGGUGCCGGUUCUCCGGUUCGAAUCCAAAGGAGAUAUAAAGAAAUUCGCAGAGAGUGUUUCCAAGUCUUUGCUUUCACAUAAAUCUCCCAUCUUGAACACUCUCCAUCUGAAACUAAACGAUAGAUGCGACGACGUGUACAUUGGAGUAUGGGCUGGAAUCGCAAUCACACGCCACGUGCGUGACCUCGAGCUUGAUCUCCACUUUGGUUAUAGCGAUCCCCCCAUCAGAUUUCCAAGCAGCUUGUUUUGUUUCGACACGCUUGAGACCUUGAAGUUCAAGCAUCACGUUCUUCUAGAUAUUCCUUCUUUGGUGUCUCUCAACUCCCUUAGAACUCUUCAUCUUCACUCUGUGGUUUACAAAGACAGUGAGUCUAUUCGAAACCUUUUCUCUAGCUGCCCGAAUCUUGAACAUUUGGUCGUCCAUCGAUCUUAUAACGAUGUGGUGAAAUUCGUUAUCGAGUCUCCAUCUCUCAAGACGCUGUCUCUUUACGGUGAGAAUUUUGUUGGAAGAGAGAAUGGGAUUGGGGGAUAUGUGAUAAACGCUCCUUCUUUGGUACGCUUGAAUAUUCAAAUGUUGAAAGGUUAUGAGCAUUGUCUUAUUGAGAACGCGCCUGAGCUGCUAAUAGAGGCGAAUGUUAGCAAUGUUUCGAAUAUAACCAAUGAGACUAUUAUGGCUUCUCUUAAGUCUACCAAACGUCUUUGCUUGGACUUAUCACCUUUGCAGAUUGCAUAUCCUACUGGAAUUGUCUUCUAUCAGCUGGUAUAUCUUGAGAUGUAUUCACAUAAAGUUGAGUGGUGGAAUCUACUUGCAGUAAUGCUUGAUAGCUCUCCUAAGCUACAAGUUCUUAAGCUCACUGAUGAUUCGUCUCAACAACCAAAGUUGGUUUCGGACAAGAAAAAUAUGGAGCCGGGGAAAUGGAACCAACCCAAGUGUGUCCCUCAAUGUUUGUUGUGGCAUCUUGAGACAUUUGUGUGGACACGACCUGAUUGGAUAAGAGAAGAAGAGAAAGAAGUGGCCAGAUACAUUCUAGGCAAUGCACGACACUUGAAGAAGGCAACCUUCAUCAUAGAACCCAUUGAAUCGAAAAGGCUCUUCAGGUUAGCAAAAAGACGAGAAAUGCUCAACGAAUUGCCUGCUGUCGUCAGGGCUUCCAGUUCUUGCCAACUUGUGUUCCAGUCCGAGUGAUCUUAUUAUUAUGUAUGACACUCUCUUUAUCUUGAGAUUCUUACUGCGUGCUGUUUUUUUUUUAAAUAGAUUUAUUUUGGUUUUGA